AGAGAUUCCUCUUCAUGAAGUUUUCCAGCAGUACUGAUGCAGCACAUAAGCAGUGUUCGCCUCCACCUCCAACUCCAACUGCUCUUCACAAGUUACACAUCGCCUGUGAAACUUACGUCCCUGAAUGCACCUUUGGAUAACGGACCUGCUUGUUUACUAGGAACACAAAACGUUUGUUGAAGUGCGCUGGUCUUGUGGAGUACAGAGAAACACUCCAGCAUCAGGAUGAGAGCGAUUAACUUGGACGCGUACAGCCUCUCUCUGCUGACCGCUAAAGAAGACAUCCUCAACCCGCGAGCAUCCACAAACUGGGCUUUAUUUUCAUAUGAGGGUGUGACCAACAAUCUCAAACUCACAGAUUCAGGAGCUGGAGGUUUGACAGAAUUGGUUGGGAAAUUUCACAGCAGCAGGCCAAUGUAUGGCCUCUGCAGGGCGGGACUGACCGAAACAGGACAACCACAGAUUGUCAUGGUCUGCUGGGUUGGUAAUAAUGUGGAUGAGCACCGCAGAACUGAAUGUGUCAGCCAUGUGCCUGCCAUCAAGACCUUCUUCAAGGAAGCUCAAGUAUUUAUUACAGCCUCAGAGCAAGAUGAGGUGACGGAGGAGCUGAUAAUGGCGGCUUUUGCAAAGAUUCGACCUCCAAUGGAGAGGCUGAGGAGAACCUCAAGGACGACGGAUAAGGAUGAGACUGUGGGUACAAACUACAAGAAGACAAAUGCUGCCAUGGAGAUGAGACGGAUUAACAGAGACUCCUUCUGGGCACGAGCGGAGCGUGAGGAGGAGGAGAGGAAGGAGGAAGAACGUCGGAGGGCUGCAGAAGAGCGACGGCGCUGGGAGAGAGAACGAAUUCUGCAGGAAAAAAAAGAGGCUGAAGAGAGAGAGAGAAAGAUGAGCGAAAAGCUACAGAUGAUUGAAGAACAAAGAAGGAUACAGGCUCAGCUUGAGGAAGAGGCUAAAAAAGAGGAAAAAGCGAGAUGGGAGCAGCAGAAGAGGGAGCAUGAGGAGGACAUGAGGGCCCGGCUCAGACGCAGCGAGUCCAUUGAGAAAGCAGCAGAGGCAGCAGCACUUGUUUCCCAGCGCACCAUCAAUCCCAGAGAGUUUUUCAGGCAGUUAUCGGCAUCCUCGCAAAAUUCUUCAAGCCCUGGUUCACCUCGUUCAGGGAAAUCUCCAUUCCGUCGCUACCAACGCAGUUUGACAGACACAGCCUUCAUCUUUGAAAGGGCCUAUUCCACUUCUGGUUCCACAUCCCCUCUCAGUCCGUCUGCAAGGUCUCCGUUCCCACGCAGCCCGUCCACAUCCUCCAAAUGUCCAACGUCCCCACUUAGUCCACCAUACCGGACGAUCCCCUCACCACAGCGCCCUCAAACAUCUCCUCCCACAUCACCUCCCCCACGCUCUGUCCCACCUGUGUCACCUCUACCCAGUCUGCCUGUCUCCAGAGCCCCUCCACUCCACCAGCCACCUCCUCAAGCCCCAGUCCACGAUUCAGCUUCCCCUGCAUCUCCAAAGCUGCUGGAUAGUCAAGAGAAAUCUGAGACUCGCAACUACGACAGCAGUGAAGAACUUGCUGUCACAACAGAACCUCCUCCAGCUACACUCACAGAAAACCCACUGCACACUAUGGAGCUUGUAACCAGCUCUCGAAUCCUGUGUGAACCAAAGCCAGAAGUGGACUUCACUGCCAAGGCUGUGCUUGUCGAAGAAGAUGAAGAAGAGGUAGAGGAACUAGAGGAAACUUCAGCCAUGUCAGCUCCACCUUCAGAUACAGAUAUCACCACAAACUAUGAAGAAGCAGUUAAAGAGCCUGAGGACGUGCAGUCUGUCAUCAGCCCCCUGGUGGAGGUUGAGGAACCAGAGGAACCAGAGUCUGAGUCUAAGGAUGAACCUGAGGAGCAGCCUGCUGCAGAAUCUGAGGAAUUACGGGCAAAUGUGGACCAUUUAGCACCUGAAGAGCCUAGAAAUGUGGUACAAAUCUCAGAUGAUGAAGUUGAGGAGGACCUACCAGAGAGCCAAGAGUCAUGUGUGAAUGCCUCAGAGUAUGAUGUGAUGAAUGAAGAAGAUGGAUCUGAAUGUGGCAGACCACUGAAUGGGACAGUAGAGGAUGUUGAGGUAUCUGAGCACAGCACACCUGAGCGGUACUGUUAUACGGUUAAUCGUGAGGAGAAAGAUGGCGAUGAAAUCCAGACGGAGGUGGUGACUGAGAAUGGCAAAUCAUCCCCAGAAAGACUUCUGCGGGUGAGAGCGUUAUAUGACUACCAAGCAGAGGAUGACACUGAGCUCUCAUUUGAACCUGGUGACAUCAUCAGUGAUGUGGAAACAGUCGACAAAGCUUGGUGGAGGGGCUCCAGCAAAGAUGGGCGCCAGGGCCUUUUUCCUGCCAACUACGUAGAGACCAUCUAAAGACUUUUCUUUUUCCUCUUCCCUUUUUACCAAUUCUCAGGGACCAAGAACCACAAAACCUGGUCUACGAGGAUGUACCAUGUACUCUGAGGCUAAGAGUCACAGGAAAAGGGUUGAAAGUGAAGCAUUCACAACGAUUCCUUUCACUCCAAAACAAGCAGCCAAAGUCGACAAUUGAGACUUUAGUGAUCAUCAACUGCCAGACUGAGGAUUCUCACUUGAUUGUACACAAAUGAUCAUUUUAUUAUUUACACAUUACAUCAUUUAUUAUUUUACAUUCCGUUGUUACUGUUACCAUUACUAAAUGAUACCAAAGGUGGUGGAGGUGUCUGCUGAGAACAAAUUUCAGUUUAUGUUGAGGCCUUUACACAUAAAUCCAGCUUAUACAGUCACAUGUCAGUUGGUCCCUAGUAUAGAAACUUUUUUUUUUUGAGAACUAGUACUAUGUUAUAGUACCAGUAAAACGUGUUGAUAAUAUAGGUUUAAUACCUGUAAGCAGAGAUGUGUUUACAGCAUUCUGAGUAGCAUACAUACAGUGCAUGGUUAAAAAAUGAUGUUAAAAAAAAAGAGUGUUAUAUAACAAGCAGAUACCUUUAAGACUGAGCUUGGCUGCCGUUACAUGUUUUUAAAUGCUCUGAAGCUUCCAUCAAGAUUAAAUUCUUCCAUCUUUCUACCGUUUGAAAGUUUGGGGUCGGUAAGAUUUUUAAUGUUGUUGAAAGAAGUCUCUAAAGCUCAAUUUUUUAAGGCUGCAUUUAUUUGAUAAAAAAAAAAAAAAAAAGUUAAAUACAGGUCCUUAAUCUUCAGGGAUCAUUCAAAUAUGCUGAUUUGGUGCUCAAGAAACAUUUCUUAGCAAUGUUGAAAACAGUUGUGCUGCUUAAUAUUUUUGUGGAUUUAUAUAUAUACAUCUUUGAUGAACAGAAAGUACAAAAUUAAUCUUUUGUAACAUUUUAAAAGUAUUCAUCUCCUUCAAAAAAAUGUAAAUCUUACUGACCCUAAACUUUUGAACGGUAGUGUAAAAUAAGACAAUGUUCACUGUUGUGAAAAUACUAUCAAAUACACAUUUUUCUAUGUAAUUUAUUUCUCUUUGACCAUGAACAUGGAUAUUGUUCCUUCUAGAGAGAGUCUGACUAAUCCAUUUAACUUUUGUAACCAGAUUUUAGUAAAGUAGGUCAUUUUCCAACUAACAAAGUUCUUCUGUAUUAAUGGGGAAGACCAAACAAUAGAAGAAUCAUCAACACAUUUAACAUACUCUCUCUGUUGUAAUAAACAAUAAGUUUUUUUUUUUUUUUUUUUUCACAUUCUGCAAUAAUGCUUUUAUGUUUUUGAUUUGUUGCACAGCCAGCACACUGCCUUCCUACUAUUUUGAGUAUCAUGAUCAAGAAACCAUAUUCACUACUUGUGUAUUAAUGCAUGAGAUCAAAUUAAAGGGAUUCACUUUAUGGGUCACAAUGAGUUUUGAACAUUGAACAUUUAGUCAAGUAAAAUUGUUUGACACAUGCACUGUAAGAAUCAAGAGAAUUACACACAUACACACAAAAAUGCUGUUUACUUUUAAUUUUGGUCAUUCUUUACAAUAAAUUGUUCUUGUACAUGAA